CACUCUCACUCAUUCCUAUCAUUACCUUUCUCCUCACUCCUCUCUCUCCCCCCAAACACACACUACAUCUCUCCUCUCUCUCUCUCAAACUCAAUCUCUCCCAAACUCAAACCACAAGAUCAUGACAAUCGAAGCUCUUAGUUCGCCAACUAUACCCACACCACCCCCAUCGUUUCAUUACAAAACCCUAACCCUAAAACAAACCAACCCUACUCCUACCAUGCAUGAGCCGUGGAUGAAGAAGAAGCGCACGAAACGACCCCGUUCCGAGACGACCGAGACUCCGCCGACCGAAGAAGAGUAUCUUGCUCUCUGUCUUAUUAUGCUUGCUCGCGGCACCACCGACACGACCACCGCCUCCGCCGCCGUUAUGAGCCACCGUGUCGAAGCGUCUUCGACGGAUCAUUACAAGUGCUCUGUAUGUGAAAAGUCUUUUUCGUCUUAUCAGGCGCUCGGUGGCCAUAAGGCGAGUCACCGCAAGCUUGCCAACGGCGCCGGAGAGGAAGUCUCGGCCACCACGAACUCCGGCACCACCGCCACGUCGGUGCUUAACCCGAGCGGCAGGGCCCACGAGUGCACCAUCUGUCACAAGUCUUUUCCCACCGGCCAGGCGCUCGGAGGACACAAGCGCCGCCACUACGACGGGAAUAUCGGAAGCGCCGCCGCAAGUGCCGUGACGUCAUCGUCAGGGAACGGGUCGAGCCACCACAAGGACUUGGACUUUGACCUUAACUUGCCGGCUUCGCCGGAAGUGGCGGUCCCAUUGGCGGUCAACGUUGACUUUGGACGGAAGAAUUUGAACUCCGGCGAACAGGAAGUGGAAAGUCCACACCCGGGAAAGAAAGCGCGGUUUUCGAGGCCCGCCACAAUGGAUGGAUUUGGAUUAGCUCAUUGAAUUUUAGAAAAAUAUACGAAUUUUACUGUUAUAGAUGUAACAUAUAAAGCUUUUUUAUUUUGCAUUUUCAUUUGAAGAUUCGUUAAAUGGGUGUAUGUACAAAGAAUUGGUUGAUUGGUUUUGGAUUUAUUCUUGUUAAAUGAUUAGCUCAUUUAUUUAUUCAAUAUUCAUUUAUGAUUUUUUUUCCUCCA